GAUGGCUGUCCGCGACGGCCUCCGGGUAGCCCUGCUGCUCUUCUUCUGCUGCCUGCUGCCUCAGGAGUCACACUCGCUGGGACGGCUGCCCAAAGCAUACAGGCCCCCGCCUCACCUGCCGCUGGAGGGCGGUCUGUCGCGGAACGCGCGGCUGUGCGGCGCCUCGCGGCUGCUGGACGGUCUGGUGUCGGGCCCCGAGUCGCUGGCCGAGCGCCAGGGUCAGCUCUACACGGGGCUCAACGGCGGCCACGUCGUGCGCAUAGACCCGCUCACCGACCAGGUCACCUCCGUCGCCAAGUUCGGCAGGUCCUGCGAAGGCCCCUGGGAUGAAGAGGCGUGUGGCAGACCGGCGGGCGUCAAGUUCGCCAGCGACGGCACGCUCAUUGUCGCCGACAUGUACUACGGACUCUUCAGGGUGGACGUCGACACCGGGCAGUCGUGGCAGCUGGUGUCGGUGAACGAGACGAUCGCCGGCAGGAGGCCCGGGCUGCCCAACGGCGUGGAGACGGCGCCCGACGGCUCCAUCUUCUGGUCAGACUCCAGCACCGCCGCCAACUUCCGCAACGCCAUCGUCGAGUUCCUGGACGACGCCAGCGGCAGGGUGCUGCGACUGGACCCAGAGACGGGCGCCAACACCGUAUUGGCCGACGAACUACGCUUCCCCAAUGGCCUGCUCUUGACACCUGACCAGAGCCAUCUGUACAUCGCAGAGACUGGCCGCAACAGGAUUCUCAGGUGCCGGCUGUCGGACGGGUCGGUGUCGACGCUGGUGGAGGGCCUGCCGGGGGCGCCGGACGGACUGCGGCCGGGCCCGAGCGGUGCGGGCGUCCUGGCGGCGCUCAUCUCCACCGACACGCCGUCGCGCGCCACUCUGCCAGAGCUACUGGCGCCACUGCCCAAGGCGCGCGCCGCGCUGCUGCUGCUCCUGCGCGCCAACCGGGCGCUGCUCGCCACCGCCAACACCGCGCUGCCGCUGCAGGCCACGCGCAGGAUCACGCACGUGCUUGGACAUACUGAGACUGUAUUCCGAGAGACAAUGGCUCGGAGCAUGGUAGUUUGGUUGGAUGAUGAAGGUGGAAUCUUAACAAGCCUGCAGUGUCCUUCUGGAACUACACGCUACAUUUCAGAAGCCAUUGUUGUGGGUAAUAAUAUUUACCUAGCAUCACCAUUCAACAAUUAUAUUGGACGCCUUCCCACCGAAUCUCUGUUAUCACAGCUCUGAUGAUAUACAACUAUUCUCAAGAAUAAAAACUCUGCUCAGUGUAUUGACAAGCUAAAAUAAAUAGAACAUUGCUGCAUAUGUGGGGUCAUUGCAUCUCCUUGGAAAGGAGCAGCAAAAAUGAUGGUGCAAUACUAUCAUUUGAGAUGUUCACUUGCUCAAUAUACCCCAAGGACGUCAAGACAUUUAGUCAUCUUGCCAUAGGUGAUAGUGUGCAUAGUGUCUGGCCAUGUACUGAACAGCAUUUCAGAAGUGUGGGUUCAAGUGGAACCACAGACUAGAACUGAUAACUUAUCUAAUUUGAUUUGGAACAUUUCACAUACUUAAAUGAUUUUGCCAUCACAGUACAUACAGCAUAGGCUUGGGCAAAUUUAUAUUACAGUUACUGUUGCAAAAUGAUCAGUGCCAUAAGCUGUUUACAACCAGCUGUGCUGAAUAUUUUUGUUUGAGAAAUCAUGUGCUGGUGAUAAUAUUUUAGAAUGUAAUAUAAGUAGCCAGAACUUAUAUGUGAGUGUUGGGACUCACAGGUAAUCUUAUGUGACAGCUAUGAGUCUGCAACUAAAAUAAUUGUAAUACAUUUCUUUGUGUUAUCAUUUUGUAAAACUUUUUAUCAAGACUUUAGAGUGCUUAUAAAGUACAAAUACUGUUUAUGUAAUACAGCUUCUUUGUAGUGUAAUAGAAUACAUAGUUCUGAAUUUUGUCAUUUUGAUGUCUAUCUUUUUUACAAUGAACUGCUUUUCAUAAUGUUGCAGUUUCAGUGAGGUACUAAUUGUAAGAUAACAUGUACUUACCAUGCCUGUGAAAAUAUUUAUUGCUGCUGCAACUAUAAAUCUUCAGUGGAAUGCAGAAUUCCACCAAGGUAUGAAUAGUAUGCAGAAAACACUUCAUUUAUGAAUCACAUGAUAGCAUAACUAUGGUCAUAUUCAUUUAAGAAAAAAAAAUCAUGAUGUUGGUAUCAUAGCAUCGUGACAAUGUAAGUUCAGAACAUUUUUAACAGUGCCUGCAGAUUUCUUUAUGACAACAACUCGAUGUUUUUGAAAAUAUGAACUUUGUUAAGCACAUCUUUACUAAUAGAGUUCACAAAGAUUGUGCUAUUAAGCCCCAAUCCUCCAAACAAGUAUUUUAAAUGAAUAAUAAAUAAAUUCAUGAAAAAAGUAUGAUCACAUAAGCUCAAUAGUACAGUGUGUCCACAUUAAUUGUCCUUGAUUUUCAAAUGCAAUUAAAAACAAAAAAAACUAUGAGACAUAGAUACCCCCAGUUUACAGCAUCA